AUGGAGAGAGCCAGGCCGGAGCCGCCGCCGACGACGCCGCGCCAACCGCCGCGGCCCACCCCUCCGCGCCCGUUGCGCCCCGCUCCGCCCGCGCAGCCCGUCGAGGCCUCCACUUUCCGGGCCGCGGCCGCAGAGCCCCAGUCGCCGUCGGCUCAGGCCGCGGCCGCCAUCGCCGCAGUGGCCUCGUCGUGUGGGGAGGCCGCGGCGGUAGGUGCGCAGGCGGGGACGCGACGCCUGCUGCAAGUGAAGCCGGAACAGGUGCUGCUGCUGCCUCCCGGACCGCUGUUACCUCAGGCUCCCGACGAGGGCGCCGCCGCCGCCGCCUCGUCCGCGCAGGCGCGCCUGCUGCAACUGAGGCCGGAGCUGCUGCUGUUGCCUCCGCAGUCCGCGGCCGACGGAGGCCCCUGCAGGCCGGAGCUGCGCCCCAUGCAGCCCCGGACGCUGCUUGUUAAGGCCGAGAAGCAGGAGCUGGGGGCGGGCUUGGACCUGUCGGUGGGAUCUCGGAGGACCACCGAGGCCGGCCCUAGAGCCUCGAGGGCCGCCAAGUUGGAUGGCACCGGGAAGGCCCUCGAUGGGCGCCGAGGGGAUGAGAAGAAAGCCAAGCUGGAGGCAGAGGAGGCCUCGAGGGAUGCGCUGAAAGGCGGGGAAGGCAGGAGCCUGCUGGCCAUCGGAGAAGGAGUCAUCAAGACCGAGGAGCCAGAGAGACUCAGGGACGACUGUAGGCUGGGCACGGAGGCCACAUCCAAUGGCCUGGUUCACAGCAGCAAGGAAGCCAUCCUGGCCCAGCCACCCAGUGCUUUUGGGCCACACCAACAAGACCUAAGGUUCCCUUUGACUCUCCACACGGUCCCUCCAGGAGCCCGUAUCCAGUUUCAGGGGCCUCCGCCUUCUGAGUUGAUACGGUUGUCCAAGGUCCCCCUGACACCAGUGCCUAUUAAAAUGCAGUCCUUGCUGGAGCCUUCUGUAAAAAUUGAAACCAAAGAUGUACCCCUCACCGUGCUUCCCUCAGAUGCAGGAAUACCUGAUACUCCCUUCAGUAAGGACAGAAAUGGUCAUGUGAAGCGACCCAUGAAUGCAUUUAUGGUUUGGGCAAGAAUCCACCGACCAGCACUAGCCAAAGCUAACCCAGCCGCCAACAAUGCAGAAAUCAGUGUCCAGCUUGGGUUAGAGUGGAACAAACUUAGUGAAGAACAAAAGAAACCUUAUUAUGAUGAAGCACAAAAGAUUAAAGAGAAGCACAGAGAGGAAUUUCCUGGAUGGGUUUAUCAGCCUCGUCCAGGGAAGCGAAAACGCUUCCCUCUAAGUGUUUCCAAUGUAUUUUCUGGUACCACACAGAAUAUUAUCUCUACAAAUCCUACAACCAUUUAUCCUUAUCGCUCACCUACCUACUCUGUGGUAAUUCCCGGCCUUCAGAACACCAUCACUCAUCCAGUUGGUGAAGCCCCACCUGCCAUCCAGCUGCCCACACCUGCAGUCCAGCGCCCAAGCCCCAUCACACUUUUCCAGCCCAGCGUCUCCAGCACUGGCCCAGUGGCCGUCCCGCCUCCAAGCCUGACGCCCCGCCCAUCACUCCCACCUCAGCGCUUUUCUGGGCCUUCUCAAACUGACGUUCAUAGGCUCCCUUCGGGAACCAGUCGCUCUGUGAAGAGACCCACUCCAGUCUCUCUGGAGAGCACCAACAGGAUUCCAGCUGGUGCAAGCACUGCCCAUGCCAGAUUUGCAACCUCGCCUAUCCAGCCUCCCAAGGAGUAUGCCGGCGUUUCCACUUGUCCCCGAAGCACCCCAAUACCCCCAGCUACUCCCAUUCCACACUCACACGUCUAUCAGCCCCCGCCCCUUGGCCAUCCAGCCACACUGUUUGGGACGCCACCUCGGUUCUCCUUUCAUCACCCUUACUUCCUACCUGGACCUCAUUACUUCCCGUCAAGCACGUGCCCUUAUAGUCGGCCUCCUUUUGGCUAUGGAAAUUUUCCCAGUUCAAUGCCAGAAUGUCUUGGUUAUUAUGAAGACAGGUACCAAAAACAUGAGGCUAUAUUUUCAGCUUUAAAUAGAGACUAUCCUUUCAGAGACUAUCCAGACGAGCACACACACAGUGAAGAUUCUCGGAGCUGUGAGAGCAUGGAUGGGCCUCCUUACUACAACAGUCAUGGCCACAGUGGGGAAGAGUAUUUGAAUCCCAUGCCUCCGCUGGACAUUGGAGCCUUGGAGAAUGUCUUCACAGCCCCAGCAUCAGCUCCCUCUGGUGUCCAGCAAGUCAAUGUCACUGACAGCGAUGAGGAGGAAGAAGAAAAAGUGCUCAGGAAUUUAUAG